CUUGUACUUUUUUAAGUCAUCGUUGGACCAUAAACGAUAAAUGUGGUAGUGAUUAAGCGAAGUUAUGCGUGAAGUAGUACAUUUUGUUCUUGGUUUCUAAUUUGGAUGCUUCAUCUUAACAAAAAGAAGGAUAGCAAUUAUGUGGAAAAAGUAGUGCAAUAUUGCGCUAUAAAUGAAUUGUACAAUUAUUAUUCAGUUUAAGAGAAAAAUAAAAACAUGUGGUUUUGAAAAAAGUAAAACAAACUCAAGUAAAAAGGAAACAGUUAUUCCAAUGACAAGGAUGCUGUUUUUGGUGGAAAUUAAACUUUUAAAAUAUUGUUAAAAUAAAAUUGAAGUUCAUAAUUGAAACUCACAUUGUUAGAACAACGAGAGGGAAAAGCCACAACGGCUGUUUGAUACUUAACCGAUCAUAUCUUAUUUUUAAACUCACCCACCGCAGUGCUAAUCUGUUUUGACAGGGCAUUAGCUCAUUUCGUUAAUCGAUUCUAAACCACAUGUGACACGCUGAGAGCUUCUGACGCUAUAUCGGAAACAACUCACUUCAGAGGCGGCUGUUACCUUUCAGAGAAGGAUGUUCUUUGCGUCUCAGCUUGAAAUCAAUCAAAAGAAAUGUAGGUUCGGAACAUCAAAAAAAUGAAUAAAAAAUCGAGUGUUGCAAACGGAUUUAUUAAACGAAACGAAGAGCACUUCUUUUUCAAAUAUGGAGUUUAAAAUGUGAUUUAUCUACUUUUGGAUUAGUUCUCUGAAACUAUGUCUGGAUUAUCAGGUAUCGGAGUAUUUUGGGCAUUCACGUCCAUAUUAAGUGCUACUAUUUCGUGUGUUGGAUAUUUUAUGCCACACUGGUUCAUUGGACGGAUUACGCUUCACCAACCAGGAAAGUCCCCUGAAAUAGUUCCAGUACACUUCGGCAUUUUCCGUAGGUGUAACUACCCGUACAUUGGCGAUGACGGAAAAUUGACGAUAAUUCACGAAUGUGGAAGAUACACUGCAUUCUCCGACAUACCUAGUGUCUCUUGGCAAAUAACUACUUUGCUUGUCGGGGCUGGAUGUUGCUUGUGUUUUCUUGUGGCAUUGACCGCAAUGUUUGGUGUUUGUGUCAAGGGUGUUGUCAUACCGACUGUUGCUAGGACAGCAGGGAUAAUUCAAAUGUGUUCAGGUUUUCUGAUGAGCGCGGGUGUGGGUAUUUAUCCGAACGGCUGGGACAGCCCGGAAGUGAAGCAGGCGUGUGGUCACACCUCAAAGUCUUAUAAUUUGGGAGACUGCUCAUUAUCCUGGUGUUUCUACGUGACGUCAGCAGGUAUUGUGAUGACGUUUAUGUGUGCUGCGUUGUCAUUUCACGCGCCUAAACGAAAACAAAUACCUAUCGGGUAUGCCUUAUAGCGAAACAGAGAGACAACAAAGAGAAACCUACUGAAUAAGGUUAAAGACUGAAUUCAAAGUAGCUUUUAUGAGACUGAGAGUGCUUCGUAGUGCAAUUAAAUAUAUUCAGGGAAGUACAAUACGCAUACUACUUUCACGUAUUGAAAGGGAUAUUAUAUGUGGCUUGAAUCUUUGGAAAACCUCAACAGAGAUCCUGCAAUAUUACCAAAUGACCAAGCAGAUACAUCCAGUCACAAUACUUUAGCUAAUUGUUUCCUUAAACUUUGCGUUCUGGAAACCGUGAUUAGGCAGUGCCAUUGUCUAAUACAGAGUUAUUAUAUCAAAAGACAUGCAUUGACAGGUACAGAAACGGUGCAAGGGGGUACAGCUGGAUAUACACUAUAUAUAUAUAGCUUGUGAUUCCACUUGUGAUAGGUUGUUGGCCAUGAUAUUUUAAAGCGUAUGUGAGUGCAAUACUCAAAUAUUUAUAUAAUGCAUGUUUACCAAACAUGCUUCGUUCUUUACUUGACAUCGAGAUUAAUCAUUAAAGCUGCACUCUCACAGAUUUACCUUUUUUAUUUUUGUCUUAAAAAAUCAAUUUUUUGCGUAAAUAUCUGCAAACUAAAAUUCUAUUUUAGCCAUGUGAUACAUUUCCUUUUUUAUACUACUCGUAGAGCACAUCUUUUACAUGUGAUAUCAAUAUACAAUAAAAAAUAUUAAACAUUUUAUCGAAAGUUAUUUGUCGUUUUGGGUGCGUCGUUUCGUGAUGUAUAAAAUUUGUUUCAUCAUCAAUAUCAUUUAGACCUGCACGUAUAAAACAUUUACCUAUAAGCCACACAAGCAGCCAAAGACAGAUAGUUUAAACUGCUUAAGACUAAGACUUCAGUGAGAUUAUAAAAUCCAUUACUCUUCCCUACGUAGAACUACUAAGUUAUAUAUGAAACCCGUAAUUACAUGACGUGGACUUCCAAUCGGCUGUCAGUCGAAGUCUACGAAAACUUAAAUAACAAUUGAAACGUCUAAAAUGUUACAACUGUUAAUUUUAUGUUAAUUCUAACUGAUGAUAAUCUUCCCACUAUAGUGUAUUAGCAAAGAAAAUUCUAUUUACAGAGCUUGCAAUAAGAUUAAGUAAGUUUCUCGGGAAAUCUAAGCUAAUUAGUUCUGCUACUUGUGAAUAAUAUAAGAAAGUUAUCUUGCUUGAGGCGUGGGUUCGUUUUGAUAGAAACAGCAGUUGUCGAACACGAAAUGGUGAUCUGCAAGUAUUGCAAUUUCUUUGCUGUAUUUUAACUGUAUUUGAGGAGUUUUUAUUAAAAUUAUAGACGUCAAAAAGGUUUACUUCAUCGAUGUUGCAAUAACCGUUUGUUACUGAAAAAUGUUCUGUUCUAAAGUAUUUUGUUUUACGAGCGUUAUAAAUAUAUUCUGUUGUUGGUCAUCUAAACAAUACAAAACGACAGAUGCAAAGGAUUGUUGUUGUUUUUUAAUAUUUAUUAUGAACACAAUUGAACUAUUGAGUCGAGUUUAAUGAAUUAAUGUAUUUGUCUGUGGUAUAAAUAUAUUUUCAUUUAGUUCUAUAUCACUCAAAAUGAAAAAUCUUGAAAAAGUUUCGCUAUAUGGUAGGAAUUAAAAACAGCCAUUGCAAGAACUUGGUUCAAAUUAGUUAUUCUCUUCGUAAACCUGGAGGG